UUUCGUCUUCCCAUACCUUUUCUUUAUACUAUAUAUAGGGUAUUAUAUGGGACAGUCGAGUAAUGUAGUGGUUGAAUUUCUUUCUUCCUCUUCACAUCUAUGAAAGCUGCAGUUUGCGCGGGAAUCAAGAUCUCUCAGAGUGUACGUAAAAGGAAUUCCUCAACGGUCUACAAACAAGUUUCAGAAUGAAUUUCUUGAAUCUGUUUGUUGUGGCAUUGAUGCCAGUUCUGAAAACACUGCUGAUCAGCGCUAUUGGGUUAUUCCUUGCGCUUGAUCGAGUGAAUAUUCUUGGGGCAGUUGCAAGGCACCACUUGAACAAUCUGGUAUUCUAUGUGUUCUCCCCUGCACUUAUUGUUAGCAAUCUGUCCAGUACAAUCAAAGCAACCAAUAUAGUUUCUUUGUGGUUCAUGCCUCUGAAUAUCCUCCUCACAUUUAUUAUUGGUUCAGCACUUGGAUGGAUACUUGUUAAAAUCACCAAAACUCCUAAACAUUUUCAUGGCCUCGUGAUUGGUUGCUGCUCGGCAGGUAAUUUGGGAAACUUGCUUCUAAUUAUCAUCCCGGCAGUAUGUGAGGAGAAAAAUAGUCCAUUUGGAGAUUCAUCAACCUGCUCAACUAAUGGACAGGCAUACACAUCCCUCUCUAUGGCGACAGGAUCAAUUUAUAUAUGGUCUUAUGUAUAUAACAUCAUGCGGGUAUCUCAAAGUAAGAGCAAUGAAGAAGUCAACAUAAAUGGCUCUUCCAGUAUUAUUGGCAUGAAGUCUCAGUCUCCUAGACAAACCUCUGAGAGCUUCACACAAGCAUUACCUUCAAAUGAUUGCCCAAGGUCUAGGGACACUGAAGCUCAAGCUCAACUACCUCCCAUUGAAUCUGAUGAUAAAGUGCUGAUUUUCAAUAAGAUUAAGAAGGAUGUGAAGAUUUUUGUGGAAAAGAUCAACUUGAAGAUGUUGUUUGCACCACCAACCAUUGCAUCUAUUGUUGGGCUUUUGAUUGGAGUAAUCACACCAAUAAGGAAGAUUAUGAUUGGAGAUAACGCCCCUCUUCGUGUGCUCAAGAGUUCUGCAUCUUUGCUGGGGGAGGCAACAAUUCCAUCCAUGACAUUAAUAGUAGGAGCCAACCUUCUUACGGGAUUAAAAAGAUCGGGAGUAGGCCUCUGGGUUGUUAUAGGGGUCAAUGUAGUUCGGUAUAUUGCAUUGCCCCUAUUGGGUAUCCUUGUUGUUAAGGCUGCACACCAUUUUGGCUGGGUUGGAUCGGAUUCGUUAUAUCAGUUCAUUCUUUUGCUUCAGUAUGCACUUCCAUCUGCAAUGAGUAUUGGUACAAUCACCCAGUUGUUCGACAUUGGUCAGAGUGAAUGUUCUGUUAUUAUGCUAUGGAAUUAUGUUGUGGCUUCACUCUCCCUAACACUUUGGUCAACCUAUUUCAUGUGGAUUGUAACUUGAAAUUUUUUUCAGAUCAUUUUAAUUUUAAUUAUUAUUUUUUUGCUUUCGUAUCCAUCAAAUUGAUAUACAAUGCGGUGUUGAGAUUGUUUACAAUAUACCCUCUCUCUUUCUCUAGUUUAAUUUCAAUUAGAGGAAGUGAGAGUUAGAUGCUCUCUCUUUUUUCU